AUGGGAAAGCGCAAGAAGUCGUCGAGAGGCCCUCAGGGUCCGAAAAGGGCCGACCCUCUACCUACUGUUUUCACCUGUCUCUUCUGCAAUCACGAGAGCUCAGUUACGGUCAAGCUGGACAAGAAGGCUGGUGUUGGCCAACUGGACUGUCGCGUGUGUGGGCAGAAGUUUCAAUGCGCCGUCAACUAUCUCUCUGCCGCUGUUGAUGUCUAUGGCGAAUGGGUCGAUGCUGCAGAUGCGGUUGCCAAGGAAGAUAGCAGCGCCCAAGGAUACACGGGUACAGCCAGACCUUCUGGGCGAAGACUGACGAGUAAAGCCGCAGCAGGCGACGAUGACGAUGACCGAUACGAAGGCGAGGGCAUUGUGGGCGACGACGAGAUAUGA